UCUCCUGCUUCCCUGUAGCCCCUUCACACUCUGGGAAGGUGCUGGGAGGUCUCCACACAACCUUCUCUUCUCCACGUUGAACAGCCCCAGCUCUCCCAGCCUGUCUCCAGAGGGGAGGUGCUCCAGUGCCCUCAGCAACUCCGUGGCCUCCUCUGGACUUGCUCCAACAGUUCCAUGUCCUUCUUAUGCUGGGGACACCAGAACUGUGCACAAUAUUCCAAAUGGGGUCUCACAAGAGCAAAGUUUACAAGAAGGCUCACCUCCUUUGACCUUCUGGCCCCUCUCCUUCAGAUCCAGCCCAGGAUUUGGUCCAACCACUCAACUUUCCUGUCCAGCGUUCACUUGCUUCCUUAAAACCACCUGAAAUUCUGUCCUUGAUGGAAAACCUCAGGGGAUGGAGACAAGGUACCCAAGGAGGGAUGCUCAGCGAGACAGGGAGCGAGGAGCCAGGAGGGACAUACCCAGACACUUCUAGAGCAGAUGCUGCCGUCCCCCUUGCAGAGCAGGCACCUGAGCCUGGUUUGCCCUCACCAGACCCCUCCUGUCCCACUGCAGGCUCUUCCUCCGUGCCCGGCAUCCCUGUGGAGCGCCAGCCAUGCUGAAGCCCGCGGUGGUCAUCGACAGCGGCAGCCGCUUCACCCGCGGGGGCUUUGCGGGCCAGGAGCAGCCCCAGUGCGUGCUGAGGACGCUGCUGCUGCCCCCCUGCAGCGUGGGCACCCCGCGGGACGCCUGGCAGCCCUGCCCUGGCACGGAGAGCCUGCGAUGCUCGGCCGCAGCCCCGCGGUGCCGCCCGCUCAAGCACGGCCUCGUUGAGGACUGGGACGGCAUGAAAACCCUGUGGAGCCACCUGCUCUGCUGCUGCCUCAAAGUGUCCCCAGAGGAGCACCCGGUGCUCCUGGCCGAGUCCCCGUCCUGCCCCGCCACCGACAGGGCGAAGGCGGCCGAGGUGCUGUUCGAGAGCUUCGGGGUGCCCGGCCUGCACCUGGCCAACAGCGGGUUCCUGUCGCUCUGCGCCCACGGCAGGGUCACCGGGCUGGCCGUGGAGGCCGGGGCAGCGGCGUCCCACGUCACCUCCGUCUGGGGGGGCCAGACCCUGAGGGAGGGCACCCGCUGCCUGGGGGUGGCCGGGGACCACCUGUCCAGGCACCUGCAGCGGCUGCUGCUGCAGGGCCCCGCGGAGCCCGCGGCGCUGCAGGCCCUGACCAAGAAGGUGCUGACCCAGCUGAAGGAGCAAUGCUGCUACGUGUCCUUGGACUACGAGGGAGACCUCCAGGAGAAAGGCUCCCACCCCCCGGCCAGAUUCCAGACCCCCGACGGGCGCUGGAUCACGCUGGGCAAGGAGCGCUUCUGCUGCCCGGAGCCGCUGUUCCGGCCCGAGCUGCUGCAGCUCAGCUGCCCCGGGCUGCACCGCCUGGCCGCGCAGAGCCUGCACACCCUGCCCGAGCCGGCCAGGAGACAUGUGCUGGGCAACAUCGUGCUCUCAGGCGGCUCCUCCAUGUUCCCUGGCUUUCCCGAGAGGAUGUGCUUGGAGCUGAACCUCCUUUUCCAAGGAGCAGGUGUCCACGUCGAGGUGCUGGCGAACCCUCGGAGGGGCACGGCAGCCUGGGCUGGGGGCUCCAUGGCAGCCUCGCUCACGUCCUUCCAGCACACGUGGAUGACAAAGGGCGACUACCAGGAGCACGGGGCCCAGUAUGUACACAGGAAAUUCCAGUAGAGAGGCGGCAGCCAUCCCCUGUGUCACUGUCCUGCGGUGCCCGAGUGGCUCCUGAGCUGCUGCAGGGGCACAAAGUGAAUUAAAGUGCCCCAAAAGAAACAAAAAGU